AUCCCCCAAUUGAGAAAAUUUGGAACCCUAACCCUAAUUCCACCGAUCGUGUCCCUCUCUCUCUCUCUCUCUCUCUCUCUCUCCGAUUCACCAAACUUUUGAUGGCAACUUCACCUCAAUCCACCACCGCAACCACCGCCGCAACCACCACGACGAAGACUACUGUGACGACUCUCUCUUCCUCCUCCGUGAUCGACGCCCCUUGCGGUAAGCGCCACAAGCCCUCCCCUUUGAACCUGGUCGAGUCGGACUCCACCAUCUCCACCGAUGACAGCUCCAACUCGGCGCCGAUCGCCGACAAGAAGAGCGGCGUCCGGGUCGUGCGCAUCUCCGUCACCGACAGCGACGCCACCGACUCCUCCAGCGACGAGGAGGUCGAGGAGCGGUCGAAGUCGCACCCCAGCCGCAAGGUCAAGCGCUACGUUAACGAGAUCAGGAUCGAGCCGCCGCGACCGGAAUUCCAGCCAAUUGCGGUCGCGGCGGCGAAGAGCACGGUGGAGACUGCGGGAUCGAGGAAGUAUCGGGGCGUGAGGCGGAGGCCGUGGGGGAGGUGGGUGGCGGAGAUAAGGGACGGGAGGCUGAGGCAGUGGCUGGGUACGUAUGACACCGCGGAGGAGGCCGCGAUGGUGUACGACAGGGCCGCGCUUCGUCUUCGCGGCCCUGACGCCCCAACUAACUUCUCCAAGCAGGAAUGCGGUCUUUCGCAGCAUGCUGUUCUGCCUUUUAAGAAGAACAAGCUGUACAGAUGUUGUGCUUGAUUCGAUUCGAUCUUUUCUUUCCCUUUUUUGACUUGUAAUUAUGCUGACCGGGGAGUAGGUAGAUUGAUUUGGUUACGUGCUUCUGCAUGUUUCGUGUACAUGGUGUUUCCCGUGUGUUGAUAUUCACAUGGAUUGUUGUAUAUCGAUGGUAUUGUGGGUUCUCUUUUAUUCUAUGCAUCCUUUUUUCUUGGUCUCA